AUGCAACAUGAUGAUGUUGUUUGGGCGAUUAUCAACAAAACACAUUGUUCACAUAAAAUAACGACAAAGACACAGCAGUUUUGUCGAAAUGAAUAUAACCUAACUGGUUUAUGCAGUCGCGCAUCGUGCCCUCUAGCAAACAGCAAAUACGCUACCAUAAGAGAAGAAAAUGGUAUUAUAUACCUUUAUAUGAAAACUGCUGAAAGGGUUAUGUUUCCUGCCAAGCAAUGGGAGAAAGUAAAAUUAUCCAGAAACUUUGAGAAAGCCAUAUAUCAGAUAAAUGAAAAUUUAUUGUAUUGGCCGGCGUUUAUUAAAGCUAAAUGUAAACAGAGAUUCGUCAAAAUAACACAAUAUUUGAUACGGAUGAGAAAACUUAAACUAAGAAGAGUCAAAGAAUUAGUUCCAAUACAACGUAAGAUAGAAAGACGUGAAAGAAGGAGGGAAGAAAAGGCACUUGUAGCUGCAAGAAUAGAUAAUGCCAUAGAAAAACAAUUAUUGGAGAGAUUAAAGAAAGGAACUUACAAUGACAUCUACAACUUCCCACAAAUGGCGUUUGACGCGGCUCUAAAAGCCGAAGAGGUUUCAAGUGAAAGUGAAGCCGAGAAAUCCGAUGAAGAAGAAGCAGAAAUGGAAUUGGAACCGGAAUUGGAAAGGGAACUUCAGAAGAAUGUUGAGGAAGCCGAUGAGUUUGUUGAAGCUGACAGUGAUAUGGAUUCUGAUGUGGAUAGUGAAUCGGGCAGGAGGGAAGAUGUGAAUGUCAACAGUGACUUUGAAUCUGAAACAUCAGAUAUUGAGGACAUCGCGGAAAAGAUACCAAGGAUAAAGAAACCUCGUGUUGAAAUCGAGUAUGAAACUGAACCAGUGGCGAGUGUUUCAAAAAAGAAAAUUAAAAACUGA